AUGACGAAUAUUCGCCUAGGUUCAAGUGAGCUGGCAAGUCCCGCAUUUGAGAGCGCAUAUCGAUACAUUGGUCGUCGGCUUCAGAUCGAAGGGCUCGACGAUCCUGGAGCAGAUGUCAAAACGCUUGUCAAAAAAGCUCUUAGCGAGAGUCCGGAUAACUGUUUGCUGAUCAUCGAUAAUGCUGAUGAUAUCGAGCUUUUCUUUGACCGAAAAGUAAGGCUAUCAAGCUAUUUUCCGUCCAGUCCAAGAGGCUCAAUACUUUUCACGACCCGUCGAUCAUAUUUUGCAAUCAAAUGCUAUAUUCCCGGGAAACAUAUCAUCAGUGAACGUCCAAUGUUCAGUAAUGAAGCUUUGGAGCUAUUCCUCAAAGCAUUGGAUGAUAAGCAAGAUGAUAUCGAGUCUAUCAUGAAGAUACUCAAUUUGCUCAAGUAUCUCCCCUUGGCAGUCAAGCAGGCAUCUGCAUACGUUGCCAUGACCAGAUUAUCUGUCAAAAAGUAUCUGGGAUAUUGUCAGUCCAGUGAAGAAGCCCUUCUCAAGCUGCUGACCAAGGACUUUGAAGAUACAACUCGUUACGAAGAUUCGAACAGUCCCGUGGCAAUGGCCUGGAUGAUAUCGUUCAAGCAGAUCUCACAGGGGAGUCCGCUUGCUGCAGGGAUUUUACAGGUCAUGUGUUUCCUAGCGGAGAGAGAUAUUCCAAUCGAUCUUGUCUUACAUUACAGCGACCCAAUUGAGACGGAUGAAGCAAUCGGCUUGUUGCUGGGAUACGCAUUCGUGACGAGACAGGAAGGCUCGAACUUGCUGCAGAUUCAUCGUCUGGUUCGUCUGGCGAUGCAAAAUUGGCCCAGACAGCAAGGCAAGCGACGUCGGGCUUUUUCUGACGCCGUCGCACAACUCACCAAGUGGCUCAGCAGGACAAACCCGAAAGGCCUGAAGUUUGCUAUGAUAGUCAUAUCUCAUGUUCGCACCGUUUUGGCAGGACCGGAGCCCAUCGUAUGGUUUCUCCUUGGAAAUCUUCUUGCUAACUCGACCAAUUGCUGGAAAGUCCUAGGAUAUGAUCAUGCGCGGUACAAAUUUCUGGAGCAAAGGUUCAAGUUGCUAGCACAACUCCUGGGCCUAUAUCAUAGGAAAGUUCAAGGAGCCUGCUUCAACGCAAGUGAACCGCAAUGUGAUGCUUAUUUUCAGUUAAGGCGCAGGCCUCGCCCCGCUGCAACAUCCAUGAGAUUUAUCACAGAGAAUGAGCCGUUGAUAGGCCCUUUCGAAGAAGGGGGCGUCUUUGACGACCGAGGACCACUGGAUGCAAACAGGAGCCUUCCAGAUAAAUUAACAGUAGUUCACUUCUUCUGCAACUCGUUAUACGAGGGGCUCAAAAUGGAAGCGACAGCGCUCUUUGACAGGAGCAUUACAUUGCCCGAGAAAGAGGAAUAUCAAGAGAUAAUAGCUCGACAGAUAUCUUGUGAGGCCCUCGCUAUCUGCGAACCAUGCCUUAGUGCCGAGCAUGACGAUUUCCGGUGGCUUGAAGAAAGCUUCAAGGCACAAAUGUCCCCGGUCGAAGAGCAAAUGCCCGAGCAAUUCUUACAGCAUAUUCUAGAAGUUUUCAAACAGUGGAAGGAUGCCUGA